AUGACCCUGAUAGGACAACCCUAUCAGAAGUGGUACCGAGACGCCACUGGCACCCUCCUCGAAUGCAAUCCCCAUCAUGUAGCCAACCAGGCACUUACCCGACCGCCUUGCUACCAGUACGGCCCAGUCUUUGAUGAAAACGCAGUACAUCAUAUGGCCGCCACUAAUAUGGCAUCGACGGACGCUAAGGAGUAUGGACUAUGGAUCAGACAUCAUGCAUCUUCGGUAGACGCUGCAUGGGCGUGGGAGGAUGUUGUGAAGGAUCGAGAAGUUACUCCAGCUUCAAAAAAGUAA